AUGUCAGGCGAGUUCGCCCUCAAUGCCAUUGGGCUCGUUGCCGGAGCUCUUGGGCUUAUUGGAUUUGGCAAAAACAACAUGCCGACCCAGACAGAUCCUGCCGGUGCACAUGUUCAGAUCAAAGUGGGUUUGGGCGAGCCUGGUGACAGUGGUAACGUGGGAGGAGGUAUAGACGGCAUCUAUGCUUAUGACUACAACAACGUCUACAUCGGGAGAGCUCAAGGCGACUCCAUUGAUAUAGGUGGCGUUCUUGAGGUCACCGUGAGGCAAGACACUCCUGGUAUCCAGACCGACUUCCUGAGCAUCAGUGCCACGAAAAACGCUCCGUGCAUCUCUUGGAUUUCGGUCUCUCAAUACGACGGUAGUGUCGGUGGCGCAUGGACUGGAGACAUUGGGAAGGAUUACUGGUACCAUGCGGGCAAUCAAGAAGCGGGCCAGUUCCAGGAACCAUGUCCUAAAUAUUGCUGCUCGUGGAGGCCUGUCUGCGCUUGGCUCGAUGCGGAUCAUUCUGCGGACUAUCCUUAUGGGGCGAUGAAAUUCAAUGUUCGAGCUUACGGAGAACUGUCUGUGGACACGGUCAACGCAGGAGCGGACCAUGUGUGCGCGUCUACUCUUUGGGCAAGGGACAGUGAGCCUACCAAUGGCAAGUGGUUCCAACUACGAUAA